ACGAGAUGGUGAACCUCCGCUCAUCAGAGGCUGGAUUCCGUUCCUCGGUAAAGCUCUGGAGUUCGGACGAGACGCCCACAAGUUUCUGGAAGAACACAAGAAGAAGUUUGGGGACGUCUUCACAGUUCAGAUAGCAGGUAAAUACUUGACCUUCGUCAUGGACCCGUUGCUGUAUCCCAACGUCAUCCGACACGGCCGACAGCUGGACUUCCACGAGUUCUCCGACAAGGUGGCGCCCGUCACCUUCGGCUACCGGCCCGUCCGCAGUGAGGAGUUCCCCGGCCUGCCGGAGCAGAUCAGUCGCACCUUCCAACUCCUCCAGGGAGACGGCCUGUCGACCCUGACAGAGAGCAUGAUGGGUAACCUCAUGCUGGUCUUCCGUCAGGACCACCUGGAGGAGGAGGGCGGUGGCUGGAGGAGCGGCGGUAUGUACGAGUUCUGCCACUCGGUGAUGUUCGAGGCCACCUUCCUCACUGUGUACGGCAGGCCGGCAUUCGCCAGCCGCCAUGGCGACAUGGACCGGCUGAGGCGGGACUUUGUCCAGUUCGACAACAUGUUCCCGCUGCUCAUCGCUCAGAUCCCCAUCUGGCUGCUGGGACGGACCAAGGCCACCCGAGAAAAGCUCAUCGACUACUUCCUGCCGCACAAGACGUCGUCCUGGUCCGACACCUCGCUGUUCAUCAGGACGCGAUCGGAGCUGUUUGAGCAGUACGAGACUCUGAGGGACGUCGACAAAGGAGCUCAGCACCUGGCCAUCCUCUGGGCGUCCGUGGGGAACACCAUCCCCGCCACCUUCUGGGCCAUGUACUACCUGGUGAGUCACCCAGAGGCUCUGCAGGUGGUCCACCAGGAGAUCCAGUCCGUCCUGAGUCUGAGCGGAGUCCAGUUCAGCCGGGACCAGGACGUGAGACUCGGCAGAGAGCAGCUCGAGAAGCUCGUGUGUCUGGAGAGCGCCAUCAACGAGAGCCUCCGUCUGUCCUCGGCCGCCAUGAACGUCCGCGUCGCUCAGGAGGACUUCAGUCUGCGACUGGACGCCGAGCGCUCGGUGUCCGUCAGGAGAGGAGACUUUAUCGUCCUCUAUCCUCAGACCAUGCACAUGGACCCCGAGAUCUACGAGGACCCACAGUCGUUCCGUGUUGACCGCUUCCUGCAGGACGGCGGAGAGAAGACGGACUUCUACAAAGCCGGUCAGAGGCUCCGGUAUUACCUGAUGCCGUUCGGCUCCGGCUCCUCCAGGUGUCCCGGCCGACACUUCGCCGUCAAUGAGAUCAAACAGUUCCUGUGCGUCCUGCUUCUCUACGUGGACCUGCAGCUGGAGGAGGGUCAGCCCGGAGCCACGCUGGACUCCAGCAGAGCCGGUCUGGGGAUCCUGCCGCCGGCCAAGGACGUACGCUUCCGCUACCGACCGCGGACCGUCUGAUCGUCUCCUCUCUGACGCUGCCCUCGUCCAAUCAGACGAGGGCUUCAGGUGGAGGUAGAGGUGUAGACGUAGACCACAACUCAAUGUUUCAGUAAUCCUAAAUCUGUGACUUCUGAUACACAAAAGCUUUGAUAUAUUUAGACUGAAAUCCCCAGUCUUUAAACUGUAAACUGUCCAGUACUUCACAUUAUCUACAGAAAUAUAUCCAGGAACAUUAAAUGUAACUUUUGUUUAAUCAUUUGUUUAGUUUUUACUUCUGUUGUUGAUUUUAAUGUCCCACAUGAAACAGAUGAAACUGCUAGCUUAGCUCAGCACAAAGAAUGGAAGCAGAGGGAAACUGCUAGCUUAACGUAGAAUAAAGAAUGGAAGCAGGUGGAACCUGCUAGCCUAGCUUAGCACAAAUACUGUAAACAGGAUGAAACUGCUAGCCUAGUUUAGCACAAAUACUGUAAGCAGGGGGAAACUGCUAGCCUAGCUUGGCACAAAUAGUGGAAGCAGGGGGAAAAGAGAAAACAUCCACCCUCCAACAACUCCGAAGCAUUUGUUAGCGUUUAAUUAAUGCUAACAGUGCAACCACCAGAGACUGUGUAGCGUUAGCUCAGGCUAAAAACCGAGACUUUACCCCGUUAGCUUAAUAAGAUUAUAGUUACCAUUAACCAGCUAACUAAAGAUUAGCAUUAUGCUAUUACUGGUUUGCUCAAAGUGUAGCACUCAGCAGCUAGUUAAAGGCUAAAUUAAAUGUCUGCUUUUUGAAGGGAUACAUCAUCAGCAUUCAAAAUGUUAGCAACAGCUAGCCCAAAAGAAUCCACAUUCCAACAGCUCCAAGGAGGAGACAAACCCUCCAGUUCACUUUAGGUUAGCACUGUUAGCACUGUUAAUACUGUUAAUACCGUUAGCACUGUUAGCACCGUUAGCGCUGUUAUUU